AUGAGCGUACGGCCCCCCGUCAAAGACCCAACGACCCCACCCAUCCCGCGCAAAAAAGUGACGAUCCAAGCGCUCCGUGCGCUACGGCAGUCCAAAACACCCAUCGCGAUGUUGACGGCAUACGACUACCCCUCUGCGCUCGCGUGCUCCUCUUCGACGUUAACGGACAUCACCCUCGUCGGUGACUCAUUGGCACAAGUGUGUUUGGGGUACGCAUCCACUACGCAGCUCACCCUCGACGAGAUGGUGCACCACGCCAAGGCAGUGGCGAGGGGGACGACGCAUCCCCUCUUGAUCGCGGACAUGCCGUUCGGGUCGUACCAUACCUCCGUGAGCGAUGCGGUGGCCAAUGCGGUGCGGCUUGUAAGGGAGGCGGGUGUGGAGGGCGUGAAGCUGGAGGGAGGACGGGAGAUAGUGGAUGUGGUGAGGAAGUUGACGGAGGUGGGGAUUCCGGUGAUGGCGCAUGUGGGGUUGCUCCCGCAGAGGCAUAGUGCGUUGAGCGGGUACAAGGUGCAGGGGAGGAGCGUGGAGGGUGCGAGGAGGGUGGUGAGGGAUGCGUUGGCGCUUGAGGAGGCCGGGGCGUUCUCGAUGGUUGUGGAGGCGGUGCCGAAGGAGUUGGGGCGGUAUAUUACGGAGAGGGUGAGGAUACCGACGAUUGGGAUUGGGGCGGGGCCGUGGACUAGUGGGCAGGUUUUGGUGUUUGACGAUGUGAUGGGCACUUGGUCAGGGCACAAAGCCAAAUUUGUGCGUCGCUUUGCGAAUAUGAAGGAUGUUAGGGAUACCGGGGUACAGCGGUAUGCGGAAGCGGUGAGGGAUGGAACAUUUCCUGACGCAGAGGCGGAGAGCUACGCGAUGGAUGAAACCGAGUGGGACAAGUUCCUGCAUAGCGAGGGCAUCCACGUGCAACGGGGAAACGCUGGAGAUCGGGCAUAAUUUACCCAGUAUCUAUUCUGCUGGAUCUGUUCUCGAUAUUGUGCUAUCUGGAAUCGUAGAAAGAGCUAUCUCAUGCACUAGUUGCCAGCAAGUGAAUUUUGGUUCGAUUACAUAUGUAGAUAGGCAAAUAAAUAUCUAAUCUUAUCAGUUUUAUUU